AAGCAGUAUACUCGGUGUACUCGUGGUUUACCAGUUAGUUGUGCUUUAACUUUCCGGCUGUCAUCCGGCGAUAGUGGAUGUCGACGUGUAAUAGUACAUGCAAUUGCAAUUCUUUGUAUAUAAGAGUUGUGUGUGCCACAUACUGAGGUAGUUGACAGCAGUGAAGGAAGGAGAGGCUCCCAAUUAGUUGCAAUAUUGCAGUUUUAUUUGACGAACAUUUGUGCUCGAUUGUUACAAUCUGUGACUAUUUUUAAUUAAAGGGAAUUCAAUUUUGAAGCUAUUUUAUCACUCGUUUAAUUUGUUGUUCCGUGCUUGAAUUGGUGGAGAUAACUUUGAGAACUCAAGUGCAGAAUGUAUCCCAACAACUCGAACAACCCCCCGUACCCACCGUACAAUCAGGCGCCUCAGUAUCCACCUCAAUACCCGCCGCAACAAGGUGCUCCAUCGGCGUGCCCUUAUCCGACUCAACAACCGGGCUACCCACAACCAGGGGGCUAUCCGAGCGCCGUUCCGCCAUAUCCACAACAACAGCAGUACGCUCCCCAAGGAUAUCCAUCAGCAGUGCCACAGGCAGGUUAUCCACCAGCAGGAGGUUACGGAUCUGCACCGGCGUACCCCCCUUCUCCAUUUGGUCAAGCUCAACCAUACCCACCAGCGACUGCAUACGGCCAACAACAAGCUCCACAGGGUUAUCCACUACAAGCCUCAGCUUAUCCAACUGUACAAGGCUAUCCGACGCAAGCAGCUGCUUAUCCUACUCAGGUUCAGGCUUCUCAACAGUUUGCUCCCUUGUCACAAGGACACGCUGCUCCUGCGAUGAGUCAUCAGCAGAUGGAGGGUUCUCCGAGCAUCCGCCCGCUUGCUAACUUCAAUCCAACAGCGGAUGCGGAAGGACUCAGGAAAGCUAUGAAAGGAUUUGGCACUAAUGAAAAAGCGAUCAUUGACAUUUUGACUAAGCGGACGGAUCCCCAACGUCAGCAGAUUACCGUUGCAUACAAAGCGUGUUAUGGGAAGGAUUUGAUCAAAGAUUUGAAGAGUGAGCUGGGAGGGAAAUUAGAAGAUGUAAUCAUUUCUCUGAUGACUCCGCGAAUUGACUACUUGGCUAAAAUGAUUCAUAAGGCAAUUUCUGGAAUUGGAACGAAGGAGUCUCUUUUGGUCGAUUGUCUGUGUACUGCGUCUAAUAUGGAAAUUAGAGCAAUUUGCGCUGCAUACCAAAAACUUUUUAACACUCUACUUGAGCGCGACUUGAAAGGUGACACUUCCGGGCAUUUCAUGCGAUUGUUGGUCUCUAUUUGCACUGGAAGUAGGAGCGAGGAUACUUAUGUCAAUCAAGCUAUGGCUGCUGAGGACGCGCAAAAGUUGCUUCAGGCUGGUGAGAAGAAGUGGGGAACAGAUGAAUCCGUGUUCAACAUGAUUCUUGCAACUCGAAGCUAUUCUCAUUUGCGCAUGGUUUUCCAUGAAUAUGAGCGGAUUUCUGGACAUGGCUUUGAACGAGCGAUUCAAAGUGAAUUUAGUGGUGAUGUUCAAACUGGGAUGAUGGCAAUCGUCAAGUGUUCUAAGAAUCGGGCAGACUACUUUGCCAUGCGUCUUCACGAAAGCAUGGCCGGGAUGGGGACCAAGGAUAAUGAUUUGAUCUUCCUUAUAGUAUCUCGGGCUGAUAUCGACUUGGGGAGCGUCGCAGCCGAGUAUCACCGCAAGUAUAAUAAGGCGUUGGCUUCUGAUAUUUCCGGGGACACUUCAGGCGAUUACAAGAAAGUUCUGCUUGGCAUUCUUGGAAUGUAAUGCUCAGAUGUCAACCUACAAUACAAUCCGAUCACACAAGUCUGGCGUACAUAUUUCUGUCCCUGACAAUUUUAUAUUCAUUAUUUUAUUCUAUAUAUCAAUUUUUUCUUUUUGAAUAUAUUUUAAUUCAAAAGAAAGUCCUUUUGGCUUUGAAUUUUGUAUGAAUGCAUCCUAUGAUUUGACUAAUUUUUAAAUCCAUACGUGUUCUAAAUGUUUUAACGUGACAAAUUUAUUCCAAUGUUGUUUUAUUUACCUCUCAAUACUUCUCAGACAGAAAAUGUAUCUUCUAUGUUGGUAUGUUUUGCUGAACUUUUGUACUAUGAAUUAUAGAUGUAAUUUAAUAGUUAGAAAAUGGGAACUUGUGACACAUAUGUAAAAUGCUAUUUCCAACUUGUAACAAUGAACUACACCUACAAGUUCUCUUUUCAGUAAAUCUCAAACUACAAACUUAAAAAAUUCAAGUUCUGGAAACUUUGAAUGCAACCAUUUUCAAAAUGUUCCAAAUUAGAAAGGUGUGUAUGUUUUUCGGUUUUUUCGUAUAACUUCAGAGUAGGCAAAAGUAUGUAAACCUUAAUAUUUUUAGGCAAUAUGUUCUUUAGCUGUUUAUGAAUGAAUGACUUUACCUUUUUACAUGUUAUGAAAAGAGCAAUUAUCCAAUUGUACAACUAUUUAAUCAAAAGAGCAGAUGACAAAUUUCAGUAAUAAAAAUGCGACAUUGAAUUAUAAAAC